AUGGGCGCACAGCAGGGCAAGGAGCGCGGCUCCCAUUCGAGCGGCGGGGGUGGCGGCGGCGGUGGCGGACAUGGCGGCACCGUUAGCUGCAUCGGCGUCUCCAGCAGCAGUCCCGUUGCAUCCGGCUCGCCGCACUGCAUCAGCGGCGGCGCUUCCGUUGGCGCCCUCAGCGCUGGCUCCACAUUGCGCAGCUCGCGCAUCAAAUCCCACCAAUCGGCGGGACAUGGCGGUAGCAUCGGCUCGAGCGGCUCCAGCGGCUUGUCGGCGCAUCGCAGCGGCUCGAAUGCGAAUCACAAGGAUAACCGUUGCAAUCCCAGCGUCGGCUUAAACAUAUUUACCGAACACAAUGGUACCAAGCACAGCUCUUUUCGCGGCCAUCCCGGCAAAUAUCACAUGAAUUUAGAGGCGCUGCUCCAGUCGCGUCCGCUGCCACACAUUCCGGCCGGGAGCACAGCGGCCGCGCUUCUGGCUGAUGCCGCUGAGCUACAGAGCCAGGAAUCGCCGGUGCUCGGUGCUCCACUGGGCGGCGGUGUGCACAGCUCGGCGACAUCUGUGUUCGAGUCGGCGCAUCGCUGGACCUCCAAGGAGAAUCUGCUGGCACCCGGCCCCGAGGAGGAUGAUCCUCAGCUAUUUGUGGCGCUUUACGAUUUUCAGGCGGGCGGCGAAAAUCAGCUGAGCCUCAAGAAGGGCGAACAGGUGCGCAUACUCAGCUAUAACAAAUCCGGCGAAUGGUGUGAGGCGCACUCCGACUCCGGCAACGUGGGCUGGGUGCCCUCCAACUAUGUAACGCCGCUGAACUCGCUGGAGAAACACUCCUGGUAUCAUGGACCCAUCUCCCGUAAUGCCGCCGAGUAUCUGCUCAGUUCCGGCAUCAAUGGCAGCUUCCUGGUGCGCGAAAGCGAGAGCUCACCCGGGCAGCGCAGCAUCAGUCUCAGAUACGAGGGUCGCGUCUAUCACUACCGCAUCUCCGAAGAUCCAGACGGCAAAGUCUUUGUUACGCAGGAGGCCAAAUUCAAUACGCUUGCCGAGCUAGUGCAUCAUCAUAGUGUGCCGCACGAGGGUCACGGUCUGAUCACACCGCUGCUCUAUCCGGCACCCAAGCAAAACAAACCCACAGUCUUUCCAUUGAGUCCCGAGCCCGAUGAGUGGGAGAUUUGCCGCACGGACAUCAUGAUGAAGCACAAACUGGGCGGCGGCCAAUACGGCGAGGUGUACGAGGCGGUCUGGAAGCGCUAUGGCAACACGGUGGCCGUCAAAACGCUCAAGGAGGAUACCAUGGCGCUCAAAGACUUCCUCGAGGAGGCGGCCAUCAUGAAAGAGAUGAAGCAUCCAAAUCUCGUGCAGCUAAUCGGUGUCUGCACCCGUGAGCCACCCUUCUACAUCAUCACAGAGUUCAUGUCGCACGGCAAUCUGCUGGACUUUUUGCGCUCGGCGGGCAGAGAGACACUGGACGCGGUGGCCCUACUGUAUAUGGCCACGCAGAUAGCGUCGGGCAUGAGCUAUCUGGAGUCGCGCAAUUAUAUCCAUCGUGAUCUGGCGGCACGCAAUUGCCUGGUGGGUGACAACAAGCUGGUCAAGGUGGCCGAUUUUGGGCUGGCACGUCUGAUGCGCGAUGAUACAUAUACGGCGCAUGCGGGCGCCAAGUUUCCCAUCAAAUGGACCGCCCCCGAGGGAUUGGCAUACAAUAAGUUUAGCACCAAGUCGGAUGUAUGGGCCUUUGGUGUGCUGCUCUGGGAGAUUGCGACAUACGGGAUGUCGCCGUAUCCCGGGAUUGAUCUAACCGAUGUUUACCAUAAGCUAGAGAAGGGCUAUCGCAUGGAGCGACCGCCGGGCUGUCCGCCGGAGGUGUACGAUCUAAUGCGGCAGUGCUGGCAAUGGGAUGCAGCGGAUCGGCCCACGUUCAAGAGCAUACACCAUGCGCUGGAGCACAUGUUUCAGGAAUCGUCCAUCACCGAAGCGGUCGAGAGACAGCUAAAUGCCACAGCCACCGGCUCCGGCUCCCAAGCAGUGGCUGGUGUUGCCACAGCGACGGCCAGCGCCUCCUCCUCAGCGUCCGCCUCGCUCAGCUUGACGCCACAAAUGGUCAAGAAAUGCCUGCCCAGCGUUGACCACCAGCAACAGCAGCAGCAGCAGCAACAGCAGCUGGCCAGCACGCCCAUGUCAGAAACCGGCUCCACGUCCACCAAGCUGAGCACCUUCUCCAGCCAGGGCAAGGGCAAUGUGCAAAUGCGACGCACCACCAAUAAGCAAGGCAAACAGGCCCCAGCUCCGCCCAAGCGCACCAGCCUGCUCUCUAGCAGUCGGGACUCGACAUAUCGCGAGGAGGAUGCACGCAACUUCAUCGAUGAGCUCAACACGAAUGGUAGUAGUAGAAACUUCCACUUCAACUCCAACAACAUUUUAAGCCAGACCCUAUGUAGAAAUUUUAAAACCCAAAUUCCAACCCAGACACAAAUACGUACACAACAACAACAACAACAACAAAAACAACUAUUAUUACAACCAGUACAACAACAACAACAACAACAACAAACGUAUUCGAUUAAAAAAUCAUCCUCCUGCAGUAGUUUCCUUUACGACAUCCUAUUUCGAGGUCUCACGCGGGACAUCAACAAUUUGACGCAGCGCUAUGACUCGGAAACAGAUCCGGCUGCAGAUCCCGAUACAGAUGCCACCGGCGACAGCCUGGAGCAGAGCCUGACAGCAGCCGCCACGCCGCCCAACAAGAUGCAGCAUUCGCUGCAUGGCGGUGUCUCGGGCGGCAUUGGACCGCGCUCAUCGCAGCAGCACAGCUCCUUCAAGCGGCCCGUGAUGGGCAAUCGUGGCCUGGAGACGCGCCAGAGCAAACGUUCCCAGCAACAUCCAGCUGCAGCCCGGGAGCCACUGACUCCAGGCAAUGGCAGUAUCACGACCAAUGGCAAUGGCGGAACACCUGUGCUGCCCGCUCAUCCCAUCACCGUGGGCGCUCUGGAGGUGAUGAAUGUGAAGCGUGUCGUCAAUCGGUAUGGCACCUUGCCAAAGGUGGCGCGCAUUGGCGCCUUCCUGGACAGCCUGGAGGACAGCAGCAGCAGCGGCAACAGCAGCAGCAACAGCAACACAGAGACAUCGGCCAAUGGCCAUGCCACGCCCCCAGCACGAGCCCCGCCCACUGUGCCCGUGGCCAGCAAGCAGCAGCAGGCGCAGCCAGCGCAGCCACAGCAGAUGAUCAGAAGCAACUCGUCGGGCGGCGUGACCAUGCAGAACAAUGCUGCCGCCAGUCUCAAUAAGCUGCAGCGACAUCGCACCACCACGGAGGGCACCAUGAUGACCUUCUCAUCGUUUCGCGCCGCCGGCAGCAGCAGCAAUUCCCCGAAACGUGGCGGCGGCGGCGGCGUAGCACAGCCAGCGCUGGCCAAUCUAGAGUUUCCGCCGCCUCCGCUGGAGGAAUUCGAGGCACUGCCGCCACCACCGCCGCCGCCAGCGCCCGAAAGCGCCGUCCAGGCCAUACAACAGCAUCUGCAUGCGCAGCACAGCAGCAGCAACGAUGUCAGCAAUACGGCGCCCAGCGUCGAGGAGGCCAGUUCCCGUUUCGGUGUCUCGCUGCGCAAACGUGAGCCCUCGACGGACUCGUGCAGCUCGCUGGGCACGCCGCCCGAGGCGCCACCACCAGCAGUAGCUGCAGCCCAGCCAGCUGAGAAGAGUCUGAAUCUUAAAGAGAAGCUCAUCACGGAGAUUAAGUCGGCGGGUAAGCCGGCCGAAACAACCGUUGGCUAUGCCAAUGGCAGUGCACCGCCGGCCGCGGUUGUUGAUCCCGUCGCACAGCUGGUCACCGAGCUGGCCGAGAGCAUGAAUCUGCCUAAGCAGACGAAGCUGACCAACGGCAACUGCAACAACAGCAGCAACAGCAACAGCAGCAACAACAACAACUUCAAGGCGCAGCUGAAGAAAGUGGAGCCAAAGAAACUGAAUGCGCCCAUGCCAAAGGCCGAGCAGCCCUCAAAUAUAAUUGACUUUAAGGCGCAUCUGCGCAAAGUGGACAAGGAGCAGCCACAGCAGCCGUCACAGGUGCAACAGUCUCCGCAACAGCCACAACAACAACAUUCGCCCAAUGCCAAUUGCAGCAUGCGCAAGGAUGAAACCGGAAAUGUCAAAAAGUUAGCUGCAAAUCAAAAGACUGAAAUCAAAAUCGAUGUAAACAACUCGAACGCGGAUGCGGAUGCCGCCAGCGCCGGCUACGGCGAAACUGGCACCGUGACAGACGCUGGCAAGCGGCGCAGCACAGGUAGUAUUAAUAGCUUAAAGAAACUUUGGGAACAGCCGCCGCCGGUAGCUAGCGGCGACUAUGCGAGCACCUCAAUCCCACAAGCGGCACAGACCGCCCAAUUGUCACCCAAAUAUGGGCUAAAGGCAGCCCAGCCCGUUGUCAAUGCCAAACUGUUUGGCAUUAAACCGCCGCCGGCGGCACCGCCACCACCGCCCCCAAUUAGCAGCACUCCAUGCACAACCACAACAGCACAGUCCCAGCAAGCAGAAGCAGCAGCAGCAGCAGCCGCAGCAGCAGCAGCAGCAGUUGCCACAAAAUUAGCUGCAACAAGUCCCACAACAACAGCAAUAAAAACAUCUCUUUCAACGCAACUCUUCACAGAUGCCGAGGGCAGCAGCAGCGAGGAGCAGACAGCAGCCGACCAGCAAGCGGAGCACAUGACGCGAUCGCUCUAUGACAGCGAGCAGCUACAGUACCAAUCCAACUCCAACUCCAAUUCGCCGUCAUCCGCUGUCAAUACGCAGCCGCAGCAGCAGCAGCCACCAAGCCAGAGCAAUGCCAACAAUAAGCUGAACAGCGCGGGAGCGGGCCAGACUAAGCCUGCGGUGCCGCACAAGCCCACCAAGUUGACUAUAUAUGCCACGCCCAUUGCCAAAAUCGCCGGCAUUGGCGUGGGCGUGGGCAGCGGUGGCGGCGUCGGCGGCGGGGCUGAUAACAGCCUCAUCAAUUCAACGCAAAUCUCAAGGGAGAGCAUACUGGAACUGGUCACGCUGCUGGAGGGCUCACUCAAGCAUCCAGUGAAUGCCAUUUCGGCCUCGCAGUGGCUGCAGCUCAGCGACAAGCUGAACAUAUUGCAGAACUCGUGCGUGGUGUUUGCAGAGAAUGAAUCGAUGCCGCCGCACUCGAAAUUCCAUUUUCGGGAACUGGUGACGCGCGUCGAGACGCAAUCGCAGCAUCUGCGCACCGCGGGCAGCAAAAAUGUGCAGGACAACGAGCGACUGGUGGGCGAAGUGGGCCAGUCCCUCAAGCAGAUAUCGAAUGCCCUGCACAGGUAAAUGAUAAGAACGGGGAUGGACGCACAGCGGAGCGGUGUGGCCGACAACAACGGCGCCGCCAUUUGGCUGGACGCCGAGGGCAAUUUUAUCAAGCGCAAGCAACCACAGUGAUACGAUAUAUAUAUAUACAUACGUAUAUAUAUAUAACCACAUUGCUUCCACCAUCCCCCAUCUUCCGGAGAGGCCCACGGAAACAAACACAACGAACUGGAACAGAAAAAUGGAUUGAACUAAACGAAGACCUAACUGCAAGGGCCAGCGAACAGGCACAGGCGCCAACAGACAAGAGAACAACAACAACAAAAACAAAAACAAACUACAACUAUUAUUAAUUAUUAAUAACUAAAUAUAUAUAUAUAUAUAUAUACAUAUACUAUAUAUAGUAGUUGGUGGCAUGUAGUACCGACUACCGUAGUAUUUAGUAGCCGUAGCGAUUAUACAUACAUCUAGUCAUAUAUCCGAUGCAUCCGCUUAUAUCGUGACAGGGAGGCAGGGAGAGACAGAGAGCGAGAAAAUGAAGGAGAAUAAUAGAAAGAGAGAGAGGGAGAGAGAGCGCGAGUGAGUGGGCUUCAAAACUGAGUUGCAAAGCAAAUUUCUUCUAUAUAGGCAUUUUUCCGACUAAACGCCGUCUUCUAUUUUUUUAAUUCUAAAUUAUAUAUGUAUACACAAAAAAAAAAUGCCACUUCACACACAACUUUUUUCACAAUCAACCUUUUUUUUUUUGUUUAAUCAAGCUAAAGCUUCGUUUUUAUAAACAUUGAAAGACAUAAAAGUGCAUAUGGCGGGCGGGUUGAGUGCAUGAAAUAAUGAAUGAAAUAUAUAUUCAUAGAAUAUCUCAAUAAAUUAGUAAUUAUACUGCACACACAGACACACACGCAUAUAUAUAUACAUACAUUUUACACAUCUAUAUAUAUAUAUAUAUAUAUUUACUAGUCGGUAAAAGUGUUUUUAGUAUACCUAUACAAGAUACAUAUAUAUAUAUAAAUAUAUAAUUUAAUACGUGCGUACAUUAUAUGUAAUACGAUUGCCCGUUAAAAAUCGAAAACUCAAUUUA